AUGCACAAGGACCUCAAGGCAUGGACACGGGCUUGCAUCGCCUGUCAACGGAGCAAGAUCCAGCGGCACAACAAGGCCCCCAUUGGCACCUUCCCUGGCCCUGGCGCAAGGUUCAGCCACGUUCACCUGGACAUUGAAGGCCUCCUGCCUCUGUCCAAUGGUUGUUCCUAUUUCCUCACCUGUGUGGAUCGGUUCACUCGGUGGCCUGAAGCAAUUCCCCUGCCUAACAUUGCUGCUCCAACGGUGGUCAAGGCUUUUCUCAGCCGUUGGGUUGCUAUCUUUGGUGCACCCUCCACAAUCACGACUGACCGUGGUGCCCAAUUUGCGUCCAACCUCUUCCAGUCAUUACUCUCCUUUUUAGGCUGUACCCGCAUCCGGACGACAGCCUAUCACCCGGCUGCUAACGGGAUGGUCGAGCGAUUUCACCGCCAGCUGAAGGCCUCCCUACGCGCCGCGGCCGAUCCGGAGAACCGGACGGACCACCUUCCACUGGUCCUCUUGGGCAUCCUCUUCGCUCUGAAGCCGGACCGUGAUUGUUCCGCAGCUGAACUGGUGUUCGGCUCCACCGUCCGACUCCCCGGUGAAAAGAUCUCGCCAACCCCUCAAGGUGCAGUUGAGGAUCCCACCAACCUCCUGCAUCGCCUCCGGCAGUUUAUGCGGACACUUUCUCCGGUUCCUCCCAGGUCCUCCGACUCUCCGUCUUAUCUCGAGAAGGACUUGGCAACGUGCUCUCACGUCUAUCUCCGAUGUGAUCGAGUCCGCCGGCCUCUGGAACCGCCCUAUGACGGCCCAUUUCGGGUGCUCUCUCGCGGACCGAAGACUUUCCGCAUUCAGCGCGACAAUCGUGAAGAGGUCGUGAGUGUGGACCGUCUCGAAGCUGCCGCCCCGGAUACUCCUCCGGAUGAGCUCUGUGGUCUCCUACCCCCUGCUCCGCCUCCCGGACCCUCUAUUCCACCGUCCCGUAUACUUCAUCUGCCCUCAUGUCCACAACCCCCAAAUGCAACUACCCCUUCAUCAACAAACAACACUGUAACCGCGAGCCAUACUCACUCUACACCUCUGCCCCCUGUAUAUAUCACCCGUAAUGGACGCCAUGUUCACUUUCCUGACCGUUUGAUUACUCAUGUUUUUUAGACACCAACAACUCCUUCGGCGCCGCUACGCGCCACUUUCGGUCUAGUCGGGGGGGGGGGGGGUACUGUGACAGUUCGCGUCUACUCGCUCUUCGCCCUUGUCACGCUGCCCUCCUGUCCGCCUCACACUCCUUGACGAUGCGCUGCUGGGAUGCGCGAGUGCUCGAAGCCAAUCAACGCUGUCCCCACUCUGAUUGGCUGGCGGACGUAGAGACAACGAAGGGCGCACACACGCGCUCACAACACCUCGAAGGCGGACACAGACAACAGCUUGCUUGGAGCGCGCUCUCGGCGACUGCCUACAGAGCCCUUGUGUACGCACUUCCUCAGGCAGUAAAGGUUGUCCAACUCAAACCGUCUUCCCUGACUUUUGAUUGGGAAUCUUUAUCUUGUCGACCACUCGACUUUCGACAACACCUCCAUUACAGAACCAUGUAGAUCACGUUUACCAUCCAGCGGCAUGAUAAAUCUCGUUGCGGAUUCCACAAGGCUGUCAGCGUUACCAGUGGGAUAGAAGUUGCUGAGCUUAUGUCCAGACAACCGAUGUUCCACUGUGGGUGUCAACAUGGAUUCGGGGCAUAACCUCCUCGAAACAACUGCUGGCCAUUGACACGGGACCUUCAUUUGUCAUCUAAUAGUGCUGUGAUCGGAUGACAACAAUGAAUGCGACAGAAGAAAACGAGAUCUCUGUUCUUGACGUGUGCAGAUAGAAAAAAAUACCAGCUUAAAUAAGAGACGAUUUAAACAGUCGCGAUUAACAGUGUCAUUCAGGGCAACAGAGACUGACUGUUGUAGACUGACAGUUUGUGCUCUUCCAACAGGUCUUUAUUGUUCAACGUUCUGCCGCGUCAUGGUCGUACAUAUUUCGUUCGCAAACAUUCGCAGUCACACCGAUCUCAGAGUCUCACUAACUGCGACGUACGCCUUCGCGCGCGUUCAACUAGCAACAACCGAAACUGCUUCAUUUAUCGCAGUACGCCGCCUGGGAAGGAAGCCUUUUUACUUUCCCCCAUGGACGUUUAAAGGCAGUCGGCAUCGUAGGUACACAAUCGGAGUCAGCAAACAAUCUCAUGAAAUGUCAGCAGAAAUUUCGAAAUACCUUUUCGAUUUGGAAGGAUGACUAGAGUGUGAUUGUGAUUAUACUCAAAUAAUAUGCAUAAUCGACAUGGAUUUCUGAUACCUUUAAAUAUUCAAAAAUAUUUUACUAAAACAUGUAAAAAAACAGUAAAACAGUGUGAAAACUAUCUUACUGUAAGAUUUAUUGCGCACGUGAAAUAUUCAUUCGAAUAACAUCGUAUCUAUUUGUUUAAUAAUGCUCUUCAUUAAGUGUAUAACAUAGUCAGAAUCCGUUGAGACAUCUCAUGAGAACAAUAUGCUUUCGUGUUAACGGCAUUCGGAAUGUACCAAACCUUUAGACUGAAGACAUUAAACGAAAAUGCGACGGUAGAUAAAGAUCAAAAUUGUGAGAAGACUGAAAACCGUUUUAAAACCAAAAGACACGCUUUUUACGAAUAUGCAUUUUGAGAAGACAUGAUUUGCUACCAAAUAAAUGCAAGAAAUGGCACUUCUAUGGAGGUUUUCUGUACAAUAUAUCUGCAUUUGCAGGGGAAUCGAAAGUCGAUGGAGAAAAUACAUAAUGUUUCAAUGGCCUUUUUCCCCGAGUGCGGCUGAAUCCCGGCGUGCCAGAAGGGUUGCGGGGUUACGUCACAAAAUAGCCGCUAUUACAGCACCACUCAUGUAGUCCAUCCCGGUCGAAAAGACAUUUCUGAAUUGCGGCUAUUAUUUCAUGAGAUUGCACGGAUAUUCUCUAUCAGACGUAGCUGGACACUGUCGUCACACCCCAGCCUCGUCUGCUGAAAGCGACUUGGCCAGGUAUUUGUGACGCCUAAGGCGCAAUCUUGAUAAAUGCACAAUUGCGAACAAGCCCUUAAAACUGGCCGUGCGAUAGAUGCCUCGGACGUUCCAGCCACCAACGUCCUCCUCCGUUCUUCCUAACUCUGUCAUGAAGCCAAGUCCAUGUGUAGAGGAGAGAAAAUGCGGUAGCUGCUGUGCAAGUCUACUAUCACCAUGCACUGAUUCACGUGCAAGUCACCAUCCCUGACAUCCACCGACUGUGGAGCACGUGCUAGACAUAGUUGAGAACGAUGGUCAAAUUUUUGUUGCGCAUAAGUACUCCAAAAACCCCAACGAUUAUCGGCCUAACUGGCAGGUACUAUUUGAAGUUCGCUUGUACAGUCUGGGUGAUGAUUCGGCUAGGUAAUGUCCAAAGGGGCGGAAUAAAAGCGCACAUACAGUGCGUGACCGAUCUCGUGCAAUGUCGACCAAAAUUCUGGAAUGCGUUUCCGAUUAGAAAGGAUUACAUAAGUGUGAUUGUUAUACUGAUUAUCACGCAACCUAACCCUAAAAGAUUUCGGAAUUGCCAGGAUGUCGGCUUUUGAAUGCAGUUCAUUUUGACCUCCUACAGAAAUCACGCUCAGUAAAAAAUGACUUCUGAAGCAGCAUGUAUUUUUCUAUUGGUUUACGAUAAUCUUAUAAAUUUAAAUGUGUUUUGCAGAAAAAAUGCACAAAAUAUGCUCUUUUUGCUAAUUUGGAAUAAAAUGAGUUUGCCUUCACAUUUUAUCCCUGAAGAAAGUGUGUAAUUAGGUUUCAAAAAUUUUCCUGAUUUCCGAAUAACUUCUAGCCUGGUCUACCAUUGCAUUAGCGUUUGGCGAUUUCAGCCUACAAGGCGCAUGCUUCCGCUUAAGGAAAAUCAUAUAUUCCUAUAUGCCUAUAAGAAGAAAUCACAUGGAGAUCGUGAAAUCUUGCAACGGAUCCGCACUGCGUUGUACAUUUCAUGAGGAGCAUUUGUAAACGGACGUGUGCGGUCUUGCAUGCAUGGGCAUCGCACGGUUCUAAAAAUCUCAUAAUUGGAAACUUUUUUAAAACCGAAAUACACACUUUCUGUGGGCAUAAAAUAUAAAGACUAUGUAAUUUCCUAACAAAUCAAGCAAAGAAAGCGUAUUUUUUGCAUGUCCUCCAUAAAAUAUAUUUUAAUUUAUAAGGCAAUCGAAAAUAAGUGGGAGAAAUGCAUGCUACUUAAGUAGUCCUUUAAUACCGAGUGUGGUUUCUGCACAGAUCAAAACGGAGCGCACUCAAAAACCGACAUCCUGUCGAUUCCGAAAUGUUAUAGGGUUAUGUUGCGUGAUAAUCAGUCUACCAUCCCCACUUAAGUAAUCCUUUCUAAUCAGAAACGCAUUCCAGAAUUUGGAUAACAUUUCAUGAGAUCGGUCUCGCACUGUACAUUAAUAUGCCACUUUGCGUCAUUCGUCUCAUAACGACAUAAUAACCGGAUGCAACUAUAAUAAGUACUGCAUUUUCCAUCUGAUUUUGUUUUUUGAUCCAUUUACUCUGGGACGUAUUCUUUUGAAAUUUUUCUUUUGCACAUAAUUGUCCCGUUUAAAAGCGCUCAGUCACUUCAAAUAGGCGUUUCGCUAUAGCUGUGCCUGUUCUACCUGUUAUUCACGAUUGUAAAUUUUUUUCGUUUUUCCUCGGAUUUUCUCUCAGCUAAGGCUGCCCUUGAAAUUUUUUGGUGGCAGGGAAGACAGCGAGGAGACAAUAACAGGUCUGGGAAUGAUGCUUUUUGGAGUUUCUGUGAUAUUUUAAAUAACAGAUGGCAAAACACAAAAUGGUCGUUUUUGAAUACCAAUUUCAGUUAAACGCGUCCUUGUUUAAUUAGGAUUUAAGUAAUCACAAAAUGAACCAUAUGAAGAAAACGCCUACUUUAAUGCACCAGAAAGGUAGUAACGCACUCUGGAGUACAAAUGUCGCCACAAUGUUUGGAGACAACUGUUGAAAGAGGUUUAAUAAGAAGAGGCCUGUUGUUCCUUAUAGAGCAACCAUUUUGUCCCAAUUUCUGGACUUUGCCACGUAAGACACGCAGUCAAACAGUGUUUUACAAUAUGAUUGAGUUCUUAGUUUCGAAACUGGCUUCCAAACUCCUAGGACUUUUGAUGUAGACACUCCAUUGUUUACCAACGGCUGUCUGCUGUAGUCGACCUACGACCUUCCGGUAGACGGAAGUUAAGGAUCUACAUAGAAGAUCAUAAAGCAACAGUCAUGACAUUUUAAGGAUCCAAGCUCUGUUUUAAUGGGUUCGUCGGGGCUUCCUCAUGGCCAUACUAAUCUGUAUAAUACUCAGAAAAUAUGCGUUUUGUCGACCUUCUUUGAUUCGAUCUGCUCAUUGACUCUUUUCUUUGUAUACGAACAGUGCUAAAUAAUUUUCUUAAUAACGAACGUAUUUUAUUUUUCUCCACGCAAAUCAGUACAUAUUUAUCCACUUUCUCUAUGCUUAUGAUAAUCUGGAGGUUUCCAAAUAGUAGUCAUUUAAAAUACCUGGGGCUGAACUACCAGUUGGAUGAUCAACCGGCACCUUGAAGGUCCGGGUGCUGUUUGGGCAAGCACCAACUAAGCCAAAAGAAUAAGAGGAAUAAAAAAUAUCUGACGAACGCGCGUUUCCUGGAGAUCGUUGUCACGUAAAGCCAGCCGACACCCUAAUUAGGCAGGCUGAAACUAAAAGUUCUAAUCCUACUUCCGCAAAACAUUCAGUAAAACAACAAAGUCAAGGUCACAGAAGUUGGAUUAAGAUAAAGCCCACCUACACAGCCCUCGCGCAAAAUGGAAGUAAGAAAGCGAGACGUCGCAAGAGGUCAGCUCGCGAGCCUCAUCCGUCAGACUGGACGGAUUUUUGCGCCAAACGGUCAAUGAAGGCGAGAUUUAUGAAAUGUAAAGCGAAAACUUUAAAUGUGUUUGCAAACGAAAAAGACUAAUUAACUGAGGUCUGACGAGCAGUGUCUUAAGCCAAUGUGAUGCACUUUGGUUCAGAUAUGCAAUCGCAACCGCUCGGAGAGAUAGAUGCGACUGAUGCAGAUAAGAUCCAUCUUAAUCUAACCUUUAUUUCUCCAUAAAACCUUACGAUAAUCGAUUCCUCUCCUCAGGUUUUGCGCAUAAAACAGUGUAUCCUACUUUAGGGUUAUGAGAUAUCGUAAAAGUAGCAUACGUACUCCCUAAACGCCCAGACACGCCUGUUUCGCCGAUAUUCUGCCGCUGCAUGGCACAACUGCGAGGGGUUCGGCUCUUCAGUUUAUCCCCAUGCACUCCCCAUCUACUUUCCAGUAGAUACUUCAGUUUUUCACGAAUGAAGGCGAAAUUUCGAGUUCUAGGUGCAUGUAUAAGUGAAGAAGAAGAGUCGAGCACCGUAACACUGUGUUUAUUGUCCUGAGCUUUCAGGCUCGUAAAGGAGUCCAUCGUGAGAGGUAGUUGCGGAAACAGAACAAGCGACAGUUAUAAUGCACGCAGGCCAAUCAUCGACCUACGGCGCAAGACUGGAGGUGACUGCGCAGGGCUUUGCAUGCCGGCGGCAGAUCGAUAAAUCGAUUGACCGUGCUCUCACCCAAGGCUCAGGCUUCAAUCAAUUCUCGGCCUGUUUUAUUUCCGGCGUGGGCGACUAUUUUGGUGGAUGAGAAGUCAAACUCGUCGCCCGUUUCGUAGGUGUGGGCGGCCACUUGCGAUGAUACGUCGCCUCGUCGCACAGCCAGCUUAUGUUCGUGUGUGCGCGAUCCGAACAUCCGCUCAGUCCGUCCUGUGUAUUUACAAGGCCAAUUUCGACACGGAAUGCGAUACACUACUCCAGAUUGCUGAUCAGGUUUUAACCGGUCUCGGAUUUUCAUGACCCUAUUGCGCAUGGUGGCUUUGGGGCGGUGUGCAAUUCCAACACCUAGCUCCGCAGCAAUGCGCUCGGUCACUUCUGUUGCUGCCACUACCUCUGACGAUGGACUCCUGUACGAGUCUGAAAGCUCAGGAGAAUAAACAAAGUGUUCCGGUGCUUGACUCUUCUUCUUCUUCUUCUUCACAUAUAGAUACUCCGGUUUACGAAUUGCUGCUUCUUAAUCUCCUCAGAAAUUAACUGCAUAAUUGGAGUAGAUCAGUAUAUACUUAGGUCGACAACGGUAGGAUGAAGGACACCAAUCAGCUGCCGGUUGGCCGUGGAUCGUGAGCCGAUGUAUGCAUUUGUGAAAUCUAGGUGAGGACUGGCAGUUUUACCAAAGGCUGGGGCAAAAAAACGGAGAUCGAUCGAGGAUGAAUUGAAAGAUAGGAGAAAUGGAUGCUAGUGGAUAGGUUCAGUUGUUCGAUGUUCGGAAACUCAUUCAAGAUGGGCGACAUGGAAUAUCCGGCGGCAUACCCUAUAUGCACACAUUCGUCACUUUCCUCGGAAGUAUCGCUUUGGCCACCGACCGUCUUCUGUGUUUUCCUGCGUUUCGUCGGCUUACUGUCCAGCGUGCUGCUCCAUCCGUUACCCCCUCCCACUCCACCGCCAUUCUCGUAUGGCACGAUGCACAGUACGUUGUUGAGAUCACGACCGGCCACUGGUCGUGGAAUAAACGCCUGACAGGUGACGGGGUAACUUGAUCCUCCUCCGUGUUAGAGGAGGCCGACCUAACCGACUCAUUCGCAUGCCGCUCAAACGACGCACGCACAUCGUGUCCUAUCCAUCCGCCCACACAGCGUGAGCGUGUUGAGAUCGCGCCAGCCACCGGCAGGAUUGGAGGGGAGCCCAGCCACUCCGCUGAGUCAGAGGUCCAGUCGACACGCUAAAAACUCAAGGCCACGAUCUAAUUGGCUCAAUUCUGGGCGUGCCUUGGACAUUUCUGUGUGAACCUUUUAUCGCCGGGUCUUUGCUGUUAGGAACCAGCAGCAGACUUUCUUCUUCUUCUUCUUCUUCUUCUUCUUCUUCUUCUUCUUCUUCUUCUUCUUCUUCUUCUCCUUCGUCUUCUUCUUCAGAUGAGUCAGGAAGCUACGCUACCGUUGUCCGUACGUCUACUGUCGCAGACCUCGGGCAAAAUAGCACAAAGGCAACCGGCACCAUAG